CCAAACUACAGGGGCACCGAAUCGGCACCCGACUUCUUCCCAGCAACGCUUCGUCCCAACUAAGUAUCGCGUCACCGAGCUCCAUCAAAACCUAGACAACCCUAUUUCUUCCACCCCACCAUAUCCUUGUGUUAGCGCCGUCGAUAGGUACGCAAGAAUCGGCAGCGGCGGACGACGACCGCACCACGGCUAUCUCACCCUACGACUGCUCCCCAGUGCAGCGGCCUUCAACUCAGACAGCGUAUCGGCAAGCUCCCUCAUCCAUGGAACCCUAGAUCAAUUACCCGCACAGUGAAAACCAUGAUGGAAAUACCAGGAAUCAAUGAAGAAACAUACUGGCAGUAUGCCAUCAUCGCAAGACCAACAAAUACAUACAGGGAAGAACCAAGACAGGUCUCCAAAGAAAUUGUAGAGACAAUAAGAAACCAGUUGGGCUUUUACAUGACUACCUCUGAUAUAACAUAUAGGCCACCAAAUUUUAUCAUCUAUUUGCAAAAUUCUCACCUACAGCGACAAACAGUGAGCGCAUCGCCUCUACAAACAAGAAACUUCCGCCUCAAAAUCGUGCCAUGGUCAAAACAGUACGAAUUAACUCAGCUACCUUGGAUAACAGAUGAUCUAAAAAUCAAUAUUGAUCCACUCACAAUACUUCCUGUACCAUCAGCGUUGAGAACACACCCAGGAAACCAGGCUCUCAAGGAUAAUUAUGCUAGCAUGAUAGACACAGCCUACGAACUGAAGUCACCAGACUACAGCUACUUGCUAAUUUCAGAACUCCGAGACUUCUACUACCAAAAGUUCAAAAUCUUGAAGAUAUGCAGAUAUAAAACUAUUCAGUUACAACAAAUGCUACAAGAGUUCCUACAGCAGUUCCUCAACCAAGCUACCGCCAUCCGCACCAUUAUUCAAGUUGCUGCAAAUAAUAGCCUGGAUGGUACAUAUAUAUAUAUCUGUCACUUUGCUGAGCAUCUAAGUAAUGCUGCAAACCACGCCUAUAGAAAUUACAGCAUUAUAGAUGGCCACAUCAACUUAGUCAAGGCACAACCAGAAGAACCUAUGAACCUAACUGGUUUCAAUAAGAUUCCACCGCUGCAUGAGAUACCAGUCCCACCAUCAUAUGUUACCCGGCUAAAAGUCAUAUAUACUGCGACUACAAAAGCAGCAUAUAAAGCACAGAGUGCCAUUACAACCAUCGAAACAUCGACAGGUCAGUUUGAAGCAUUCGUGCGUACACAAAACUUGACAUACAAGUAUAAUGAACUUCCUCACAAAACUCCAGCAUCCAUUGAAACACUUGCUAUCUGUUACACCCUAAAGCAAAUCACAAAUGUUCUGGGAUAUCAAAUAGUCGACCUCAACUACCCAAUCCUAAAAAGACUGGUUAAUGACAUCAACAACCUCAGCGUAUACAUGAGCCUACUACAAUGUUGUGUGUCAUAUGUCAGAGAAGACAUAGUUCCAAUAUAUGAAAGUUUCGGCCAUUUACACAACGAAUACAGUUUGGCAUCCGACGGAAUAAACAACAUCAUGCACUUACAUGAUGCUGUAACUAAGCUUGAUAAUGUCAUGACAGCUUAUUACAAUAGUAUUAUAAGUUCAGCCGAUGACUUCACAGACUCAAAGAUUCGGUUUCUUUGCACACAUUUGGAUAUGGAAUCACCGAAUGCUAUCCCCAGUCGAUGGCUUCGAGCUGACAUACCAGGAGCUCUAGCAUAAGGAAUGAAGACUUCGUCAGCCUAAUAAGGACAUAUGCCGACAUCAUGCACUCAUAUUUCAUAUCUGUUUAAUAGCCCUCGACAUAGGAACACAUUUAGCAAAUCCUCGUGCCACAGGAUUCACCCUAGCUGUUCCGUUAGCCUACGCAAUGCAGUGUUUGUACAAAGUUUGUAAUAUAUAGCACAGCCUUAUAAGUACGAUCCUUGUGCUUGUAAGAACCAACUAAUAUUACUCACAUCAUGUGUAAUAUAAUCUAUCCAGACU